GAGCCAGCAAGGUGGAGUUGAGGAAGAUGACAGCUGCUCAGAAAUACAACCUCUUCACGCCAGAACCUCACUAUGUCCCUGGCUAUGCUGGCUUCUAUCCACAGCUGCGCUACCAGGUGGGGAACACCUAUGGGCGCACCACAGCGCAGCUGCUCACAGACCCCAGUGUGCGCAAGAGCCCCUGCUCCGUGCUGUCCCCCAUCUCCAAGCCCAAGUUCACUGAGGACUUCAGCAAGUCCAAGCCACCUUUGAUCCCCUGCCGCGACCUGACUGAGCCCUACAUCCCCCACUAUACUGGUCUGAAGCCCUACAAGAACUUUGAGAUCCUGGGUCGGUUCCCACCCCAGGAGGUGGACGCCCAGGUGCCGCCUGAGGUAGAGAAGGUAUCCAGGCAGGUUCUGCUGCCUGCGGGCUUUGUGUCCUAUCCAUGCCACCCCCCGCACCCACCAGGCAGGAAGGGGGACUCCAGGGACUUAGGACACCCGGGCUUGCGGCCGGCCUGUGGGCAAGAGGGCUGGAAGAGCACCACCCCUGUCCACGGAGCCCCUAGGUUGGACCAGCUGUACCACUACAGGAGGGAUGAGUGCCCAGCCCCAGUCCGCCAGCAGGAGAUGCUAGAUGUGGGCAGGUUCCACAGGCUGCCCCAGCUGGACCACCCCAACCUGAUCCAACGCAAGGCCAUCUCAGGCUAUGCUGGCUUUGUCCCUCGGUUUGCCUGGGUGUUGGGGAUGAGUUACCGCGAUGGGGUCACACAGGCUAUGGACGAGUUUGAUAAGAAUCAGUUCCUGUUCAGAAAUCCCAUCUGUGCCCUGGGUGAGCGGCUGCCCCGGACACACUGGCCCAGCAACACCAUCUACAGCAGCCGAGGCCUGAUACCUUUCUAUAUGGGCUUCGUACCAUCCAUGCAGGACAACUUUGCCCUGACCUUUGGAAACGGUACGCGUAAAGCCUAUCAGAAGGAACUGGAGAGGCGAAAGCAGACACUAUGA